CCUCGGGGCCGCUUGGUGGCGCUCGCGCCCCGCAGCAGGGUCGGGGCCCCGCGCCGCCGCGCGCCUGGUUGCCAUGGUUUCCGCAACCCGGAAGUGCCGCGGGGGGGAGGCCGGUGCUCAGCCCAGGCCGCCGCGGCCGCUCCCCAGCCCCGCUGCUCACUGGGGCCUCCCCGCCGCCCUCCCGCCAUGGCCCGGGGGGCCGGCGAGGCGGCCGCGGAGGGGGAUCUGGGAGAUGACAGCCUGUCUGUGAUAACCUGUGAAUCGGAUACAGAAAGGAAAUUGAAGAAGAAAAUUUUUCACAAGCCUCCAAAAUCACCGAAGUCCCCAUACAGCUCUAGCACACAACUGUACCCUAAAAAAGCUGCACUUUGGCGAUCUCUGCAGGGAACAGGCAGCGCACGUCUCGAGAGUGCAGCUGUAAAAAACCCAAGGCAGAUGUGGCUGGGAUCACUGAAACAAGGAAUGAGCCAUCCUCUAAAAUCAGAUGUUGACAUGGGGCAUAUGCGAACUAACGUUUCUAGUAGCACCCCGGAAUAUUUGAAGGAAGCUCUGGGAAUGAAGAAGCCAAAACAUUCCCGUUCUUCUAGUAAUGGCUAUGUUCCUGGAACUCCUGACUACAAAGAAAAAGAAGAUAUGUAUGAUGAGAUUAUAGAACUGAAGAAGACAAUACAAGCUCAGAAAAACGAGGGAGAUCGAAUGAAAACGAAGCUCCGUCGACUAGAAGAAGAGAAUAAUAGAAAGAAUAAACAGAUUGAACAACUGUUGGAUCCUUCCAAGGGCUCUGAGCUGGCACGAGCUUUGUCAGAAAAGAGGACUGAUAACGGAUGGGUGGUUAAUGGCUUAAAGCAGAAGAUUCUCAAGCUAGAACAACAGUGCAAGGAGAAAGACAACACUAUUAACAAAUUCCAGGCAGACAUGAAGACCACUAAUUUGGAAGAAGUGAGGAUAGCUAUGGAAACCUACUAUGAAGAGGUUCAUCGUCUCCAACUCCUGCUGGCAAAAUCCGAGACUAUGAGGAAAAAUACAGAGGGCAGAGAUACCCAAAAACGACUCAAGACACUGAAUGCUGCUGUCCUGAGGUUAUCCAGGAACAUCACGGAGUUGCAGAAUGAGAAUCGGAGGCUGAAAGAAGAUCUAGAUCAUGUACUGAGCAGUUCUCCUCCUUCCAAUAAAACAAAAAAUUAUAGCGAGUGGAGCAAACAGAGGCUGGUGAGGCGGAUCUCAGAACUAGAAAAAAAAGUCUGUGCCAUGGAGAACACCAGGGUGUCGUCAGCAGAUAGUGGGUCGUCACAGUCGCUUGCUGCGUCAUCUUCACCUUCUGUAGACCUGGAUCAUCCAGCCCCUCAACAGGUGGACCACGCCGAGGAAUGUCGUCACCUCCGAGGGCUGGUGAAGAAACUGAAGAGCGAUAGGGAGACGCUUCAAAAUCUCCUGCUCAGUAAAGAAUUAGAUAUCAAGCAGUUACUGCAGGCUAAGGCUGAGUUGGAGCUGGAGCUGCAGAAGUGGCAGAAUAAGAGGGAAGAAAAGACUACAGAAGAGCAGACUUUAAGACAUAGUGAAGAAAUCCAGAACCUGACACUAAAAGUAGAGAAGUUGGAGUCAAAAUUGGAGGAAGAGAAGAGACAAAUGGCCAAAGAUGCAAUGGAAAAGCUUAAUAAGUCUUUACCAGUCUGCACGGUUAAAGGCAAAGAUGGUCACAGGAAGGAACAAGCAGCCAAAAUCAUCCAGAGACAGUGGAAGAGGUAUCGAAACAAGAAAGAAGAAAUUGCUCUGGAUGAGGCAGUUGUUACGCUUCAGGCAGCUUUCAGAGGACAUUUAGCUCGACAGAAACUGCUACUGAAUAACAGGAUGCAUGAUUCAAAAUCUCACAACAAGAUCUCCUCCAUGUCUCCUGUGGCGAGCUCCUUGAGCUUGUCUUCUGAUUGUGAAGAGAAAGAUGAGAUUGUGACAUUCAUCCAGUCCAUUUUCAGGGCUCACUUAGCACGAACAGUGCUGCUUGAGGGGAGGCCUUCUGUGUCCAGUGCACCAAGUGAGAAAGCAGAUUGUGCAGUUUACAUUACCGAGAAGAAACCGGUCUCAGCAGCACUCCAGAGACCUCCUUCAGUCUUCACGUCAUCUCUUCCUGCCAGGUCCUCUGAGCAGCGGUCGCAGCCCCCUCCUCUGUCUGCGGACGAAGCUCACUCAGACGAUUCAGAUGAUAUUGUUAUUGUCUCGCCGUUGUUGCAGAUGAAGAAAAACUACGCCCACUUUUAAGUUUUGGUAACAGACUCUGGUGAUCUUGAGUUAUUUGAUUCACAAAAUUAUUUGUAGCAAGAUAAAGCAUAUCAAAGAUGAACAAAGGGGGAAUAUCAGCCCCUUUUUAAUGACAGUUGUCAUUAUUUCAGCUAUAUAUCGGACUUCAUGGCUAAAAGCCGCUGCCUGACUGUUAACCUGGUAUGCAGAGAGUUUGGAUUUAAAAACUAAAACAGAACACUUGAGUGUUUGGUCUCACAAUGAGGAUUAUAAAUUCAACUGCCAAAUUUAAAUGAAAGCAAUAAAGCCUUAAGCUAUUUCCUGUCAAACAAAGUUUUGGUUCAGGUUGACUAAAAUAAUUCAUUUAAUUGGAAAGUUGUUAAUGACAUGGCUUCAAUUUUCAGCCUGUCUACGUGAAGGAGAACAGCUUGUGUUUCUUACCAGGUCCUCUCUAUUUAAAAAUUUUACUGUAUCAUAUUUUAAUAUCUUUGUUUAUUUUUAUACUGAACACUUACAGUCUGCGCAGACCUUGUAAAGGCUUUUAGAAAGCCAUUUCCUUGUCAUAGGGCUAUUCUAGGGCUACUAUAUCAGCAGGGUUUUCUUAUUUAUUGCUUUUUCCAAGUGUGCUUGCUAUGGUCUGUGUAGUACCAUUUUGUAUUGGAAAUGUCCAAUCAUAUCAUAAAUUUUUGUAUUUGUCAGCGAAGGUGUGUAAUAGCAGGAGCGUUCUGUGAAGGAUGCCCUUGUGACUCCUUUUUCUGCUUCCCUAUCACAACUGAGUGGAUUAUGCAAGGACAUCUCUAAUCGUGAAAACAUUUGACGCAGGAGAUGAGUUGCUUUAUGUCCUGUUUUUCGCUUAUGUCACUUGACUGACUGACACUUUCACCUAACUAGAUUGCUCAUACUCUGAGCACUGAGGGGUUUUGAGUCCAAUGUUGCUUUGCUGUUGUUGAUCUGUCUUCUCGGUACUACUUUGCAUGUGUGCAUUAUGAAAAUAUAUAUAUAUACACAUAUAUAUGUUUGUACUGCAAGUGCUCAGUGAGUCCAGUCACAGGCUGGGAGAAGGAUCACCUUCUGCCAUCGGGUAAAGCUGCGAGGCUGGCUGCUGAAAACACUCUGUUCUGAGGGGUGCGCAUCAGGAUGAGCAUAAUAUGCAAACCCAUGCAGUUUGGUUUAGGAACAGAAGUGGUCAGUUGGAUUAUGAUUCUAGACUGCGUCUAGAAAUAACACUGUUUGACAAUAUCAUUGUCCAUGGAAGGACCAAAGACAUUAUGGGCUGCAGAGGACAUGGUCAGAUAGGACUUUCCAGAUCCUUUAUGCAGACUGUACUUCUUGACUGGAAGCAGGACCUUAUAGUUCCUACUAUCAUGCCAGUAUCUUUCAUAGGCAUUAAAAUGUGCAUGUAGGUUGUUGGUUUUUUUUAAGGUGAACUAGAUAAAUUAUAUGAGAUUUACUAGGAGGAGAAUUUAAUUUUACAACAUACAGUGGAAUUUUUGUGGAGACCCGAAUGGUGUCUUUGUCAUCAAGGAGUAAUAAAGCCUCCUGUAAACAGAAAGCACACUUUUAAAUGUUAAGAUUUUUAUCUCCUUUUCCCUCUUCUUUUUUAAAUUAAAAAUCAGUCACCGCUGUUUUGCAGAAUACUAAUAAGUCAGAGCUGUCUCAGUUCUUUGAUUUCAAUGAAACACUAUCUGAGGCUUAUCACAGUUCAUGCCAGUACUUGCAGCCAAAGAGGAAACUGGAUGGGUGCAGCACAAUGCAGCUGAUUUCACUUAAUCCCAUCAGUAGAAAUGCUGCCUGUGCUAUUUCCAAAGGCGGUUUUGGGAGCUCUCCAUACCCAAAGCAGUCUGAAGAAUGGCAUGCUCCUGGUGGGCAAAUUUUUCCUGCUUCUACUUCAGUCACAUGCCUGUCAUCUGCAGAAAAUAUUUAAAUAUAUAUAUAUAAAUGAAUAAAAAGGAUAGAAUCCUCUUGGCAGAAGCUGCGACCUGUUGCCCUCUUUUUCUGGAAGUCAUGUUAUGAAAAAGAGUCAUUUUGCUAAAUAGGAGUGGGACUGUAUUGAGUUGCUUAUGUAUAACGUUUCAGGUCUGUAACUUUGCCUCUGUCACCGAUACCUCCAGAGAGUAACUGGAGCUGAUAGAAAAUACCUACCUAGCUGUUACCCUAUAGGGAAAUAUGUGGGUAGCAAAUAUAAUGAAGAUUACAUUCUUUUACUUUACUGUGCUAUAAUAACCAAUAUUAAAUUAUUAAGAAGUAGAUACAGAGUAGAAAGACUUGCAUAUAAACUGAGCAGUAGUGCUGUCAGCAGACAAGUUCUGGGAUAGAGCAGAGAUGGUAUCUUGGUGUGACCCAAAGGCACAGACAGAAAUCAGGGUGAAAAAGAGCAGAUGUUUUCUGGGAUGAAUGAAAAUGUGUCUAGAGCUUCCUAAAUUUGAGUCUGCUAUCUCAUAGCCAUGAAAAAUCUGAGAACUAGAGUCGGCCUUCAAACUCCUGUCUUAGUUUGGCAGAUAACUAUGUGGUCACUGCACAUCAAAAGUUUGACGUGGUAGAGUAGAAAGAGAAACCUCCACUGUAUUAGUAGCCUUUAAUGUUGUUUUGUUAUAUACUGUAAUGGAAUGUGUGGAAAGGAGUAGUAAUUGACAUUAGGUUUCAUACUGUGGUUAUCUGUCUGAAUGCCAGCACCUGUAAAUUAGGGAAGAAGUGGGGAACAAUGAAGGAAGAAAAAGUUAAUUUUUCCAAUAAAUGGUGUUUUUCUUAACAGGGAUCUGAGGAUGGUAAAAAUUGGUGUGGCCCAAUACAAACAUAGUCAGUUUCUGAGAAACACGUCUUCUGUAGAAAGCACUGAUAACCUUGUGGGGGCGUCAAGGUCUUGAAUGAAAAUUAAACUCCAGUGUAACCUGUGUAAUCUAGCAGCACACUUUCCAUUCUACUGAUAUGGGAUAAUGUUGCCUACUUAAAACCUUUUGCAAUUUAUAGUAGUGUUAGAGAUCGUGUGUGACCACAGGGAUCUGACUUUCAUGGGGUGUUAUCUCUCUUGAUCUCUUUUUGCCCGUAAGUGCCUAUGCCUGUACACCUUCACUGAGGCAUCAGGACCUGAAUACUGUAUUUUCUUCUGCAUAGCUGUAAAAAUAAUCCCUUUAAAUAUAGUCUAAAUGGAAAAGCAUUAAUCUUGGCAUAUAAGAGAGCCAUUAAUUUCUAUGAACUUUUUAGUAUUUAGAACUGUGCAUGUCUUUUAUGUAAUUUAUUUUGGGGUCUUCUAAAAGCUAAAACAAUUGCAAUGUGUUUUCUCUUAAUUGUUGAACUUUCAAAUAAAGUUCAAGGUUGUAAAUUAA